CGCUCCCGCGCUUGACUCAAAAUUCUCAUGGUCAAAACAACAUUCCAACACCGCCAAAGAAAAAGAACCUAUGUAAGGUGGAAACAUCUACCUCGCCAAUUUCGCGCUAGUGGACCUCAUGGACCAGAAACUCUUGCUUAUUCUCUACCUUGAUCAAGGUCGCCACUUCCCGCGAUUGUUGUCAGAGGAUGCUCAAAUCCAGAUUUGCGCUCACUUGGAGCAAGAUCGUUUGAGCACGGCCAAUUUGGAAUGGACGGACAGGCCGUUGUUUCAAGAAGAAUUGGCUUGGCGGAUCACUUUGGGUCAACUUCAAGACUUUCGUCAAGGGCAAACUUGCAUUCACAUUGAGGCCUUUUGUAUUCAACCUUCCAAAUCCGAUCGUCAAUCUCUGGGGUUUUGUCGGAUCGAUAUUUCUCAGGCCAAACCCAACACGAUUUACCGCAAUGACGAUUCCUUAGUUGCUUACCAUUGCCAUUGGCUUAAACUGACCGUGCCCGAGUUGACAAUGGCCUCACCCGAAAAAUGUCCGCAAAUCAAGGUCGAUCUGGUUUUUGAAGAAGAGUCGCCCGAAAUCCUUGAGGUCUCGAGUGGUUUAUCCAAUCACCUCCAGCCUGUUUUGGAUGAAGAACACGGUUAUUUCAUUUUGGGCGACAAAGACCGGGCUACUGACGUAUUCUACUUCGUUUAUCGCUUUAUUGUGGGCUUGAACUUAGCUAAAGCUAUUCCCAAAGAUGUAGUUUUGCCCGAUAAUCCUCGGUUUCACUUUUUCUUCGAUUUUUUCGGGGCGGACGUCCAGUCUAACUACUUUUUCAACCUCAAGCAAACCGAAAUAGACUCGGAAAUUGCCCGGGCCAAGUUCAAGACCAACCCAGAGGACUUGGCAUUGUACUUCAAUGAAAUGGUCCGGCCUUUGAAGGUCUUCCUCUUAUGCGGAGAACAGUGCUUGGCUAAGGUCAAGAUUCAUUUCCCGAAUUUCCUCCAUGUGAACGCCUCAACAAUUCGACAAUCACCGAAAAAAGUGGAAAGUCUGGUCUUUUUUGGGUCCAAAAAUGUGAAGAAAAGCCGAUCAUCCACCUCCAAAACUGAGGAACCUUUACUAGGGAUCGGUUUGGAACUCAUUCAUGGUGACACAUUAGAACAGGAAGUCAUCGUAGACAAAGAAAUUGUCGAUUUAACCGGGAAAGAGGAAGGAGAUGUAGACGAAGAAAUUUCAGUGAUGAAAACGCCUUCUCCCAGACCGAAAAUUACACCAAGUGUAUUCGAAGACGCCGAUCCGUCUUCUCAAACUGGAUUCAAACGUAAACUAGAAGAAACAGUGUCAGAAUUGGAGCUUUGGAAACUCCAGCAAAAGCGCAAGUUUCAAGAUCAGUUGAAAGAAGUCGAAGCUCAUCAUAAUGAGGUUUUUGCUGGUGAGUGGCGGAAACGGGAAGAACAGCGUGAGAGUGUUUUUCAAGAAAAAUUUCACGAGAUUUCACAGUUGGCAGAGCGUCUCAAGAAAGCUCUAGCUCAAGUGGAGCAACGUGAGAAAGAUGUGAUUACCAAAGAAAGCGAAAUCUUGAAGAAGGAGAAGAUCCUAGAGGUCCGAGAAACUCAAGUUAAUCAGCAAAAGAAGGCGGUGAGUCAGGAUUGGAAGACGAAAUGUGAAUCCUUGGAGACUGAGAAUAACAGCUUAAAGGAAAAGCUGGCCCAACUAGAGCGUGAAAACGGCAAUCUAAAGGCCAAUGAGGUCAAAUCUAAAGCCAUUGGAGAGAGAAACAAAACCUUGGAAGACGUGAAGCAUAAACUUGAGACUGAAAAUAAUAUUUUGAAGCGAGAUAUUCAAAGACUCGCGCAGAGCAAAGAAAGUUACAAGAAGGCUUGGGAAAAGGCCGAAGAUGAGGUUAAAGCUGUCAAAUCUCUGCAGGAGCGUCAAAUUUUGGAUGAAUUAAAAGAAGCUCGAAACGAGAUUCAGCGUCUUCGUAAUCCCCCUCGUCCGACCUUAAUCGAAUUGCCAAGUCCACAAGCAAGUCCAAAGCAAACGAGCAAAGUACAAGAAAUUCCGCAAAAAGAGGACGAAUGUCCUUUCAAUCCACCCAAAACAACAGAACGGGAUUCUUCGUCCGCAGCGGGAUCCGAAUUAUUUCGAUUGAGAGAGAAUCGACGCAUUUUGCUCAAAACGGGGAACUAUUCAGAAGACUCUGAGGCUAUCAAGUCGCUUGAUGCCAGUAUUGCCAGGAUCAUGUCGUCUUCCCAAGCCGAAAAGCAACCAGAACAAUUAUAGUACGAAUGAUCAGCACUUGAAUAUUUGUUAAAGGUCAAUUGUUAAAAUUUCCAAAUAGUCAAUGGAAUAGCUUCCAAGUUGCGAAAUAAAUUUCAAAACUCAA